GCUGGCUCCGGAGACUCGCGGGCGGCCGCUUGGGCGCACCAGCCGGGUCACCUUGUCCCGGAGGAGAAAUGGGUCCCAAGAAGCAAGUGUGACCUGUGAGUCCAGCUCACCAGCCUGACGCCUAGCUGGGAAGGAAGAGGACCAUGGAUGGCAUCAUCGAGCAGAAGAGUGUGCUGGUGCACAGUAAGAUCAGUGAUGCUGGUAAGAGGAAUGGAUUGAUUAACACCAGAAACUUCAUGGCUGAGAGUAGAGAUGGCCUGGUGUCUGUUUACCCAGCGCCCCAGUACCAGAGCCGCAGGGUGGUGGCCAGCACAGCACCAGCCAGCCUGGACAGCAGCAGAAAUGAGCCUGUGCAGCAGCUGCUGGAUCCCAACACCCUGCAGCAGUCGGUGGAGUCCCAUUACCGUCCCAAUAUCAUCCUCUACUCCGAAGGAGUGCUGCGCUCCUGGGGGGAUGGCGUGGCUGCCGACUGCUGUGAGACCACCUUCAUUGAGGACCGGUCACCCACCAAAGACAGCCUGGAGUACCCAGAUGGGAAGUUCAUUGACCUCUCAGCUGAUGACAUCAAAAUCCACACCUUGUCCUACGAUGUGGAGGAGGAAGAAGAAUUACAGGAGCUGGAGAGUGACUACUCAAGUGACACAGAGAGUGAGGACAACUUCCUCAUGAUGCCCCCACGUGACCAUUUGGGGCUCAGCGUCUUCUCCAUGCUCUGCUGCUUCUGGCCUUUGGGCAUCGCCGCCUUCUACUUGUCCCAUGAGACCAACAAAGCCGUGGCCAAGGGGGACUUCCACCAGGCUAGCACCAGCUCCCGGAGGGCCCUGUUCCUGGCCGUGCUGUCCAUCACCAUCGGAACCGGCAUCUACGUGGGCGUGGCCGUCGCCCUCAUCGCCUACCUCUCCAAGAACAACCACCUAUGAGCUUCCUGCAGGCACGGAGGGGAAGGCCCCCGGCCAGGGCUCUGUGGGCUCAGAGAGGGUAGAGCUGGCCAGGGGUAGACACACCUGUGUGACGCUGUACAAUAUAAGUGAUUGCCAAACGACUCCAUGAAUGCCCUGGAAUUUUCUACCCAUGGAUUCCUUUGUUUUUAUCCUUAAUUUCAUUUUCACAGCACUGUGUAGAGCACCAGACAGAUGGGCACUGCUAAUUCUUCCAAAUGGAAGCUCCAAAGAUCCCGACCCAUGAGGCUGUCUCUGGAUGGAUUUUGGUGAAUUAAUGACAACGCAGCUCUCUCUGCAGCCUGCCAGUGCCUGGAAUGUUGCCGCAUUAGCAAUAUACAAACAGUUUAACAAAAAAAUGUGUUUAUUUUUUAUGGAAUACGGUGCAAUAGGCAGAGGGCAGGGAACAUGUCACUCUGCUGUCUGUGGCCUGCUUGAGUCCUCUGUGUCCCCCAGUCUGCGUGACUUCCCUACCAGAAGAAAAUGGGGCUUAGAAGGAAAAAAAAAAAAAAAAGACAAAACAACUGCUAGGAGGAGAUCCCAGCUGUCACUCUCUGCAGAUGGGUCCAGCCUUGAGAAUGCCAAGCCUCUGUCCCCAGUCCUGCUCCUUCCCUCCACGCUGCCCCAGCCUAAGAGCUCCAGGCCUCUUCAGGACACUCAGCAGCUCCCCUCCAGCAAUACGCGAUCUUGGGGCCUGUUGAUCUAUAGAUGGGGAGACAGGCCACAGCCCCUCCCAAGGCUCCUAAGGAAUGAGCCCAGUGUUUGCUCCAGGGACUCGAGGCAAAGGAGCUACGAAGACACAAGUGGGUGCUUCUCAAAUCGCCACCCGUGCAGGCGUUCACCCUGGUCAUAAGCAGUGAUGCUAGUGAUCCUAGCAACGAGAUGGGCCUUACUCUGUCAACUAAAUGAAUAGCUAUUUUCUUGUCAUUUUUUUAAGUGCAACUCUUGCUUCAUGCUGCUUAAGUUAUCAGAUGAAUGCUGAGAAACAAGUAAU